CCUUCUCACGACACCUCACGCCCUUGACGAUCUCUCACGACACACCACCGCACCCUAGUACCCCGCACUUCCCCACACACUCACCCAGCACUUCCGUCACCAUGCCCCUCUCCCUCAAGCGCGCCCUCUCCACGCGCAGCAGCAGCAAGCGCGACGCCGCCAGCGCUCCGGCGUCGGACGCGGCCGAGCCUUCGAUCCACGAGGAGCUCGCGGCCAAUGCCAACGACGCCGACGCCGAGGCGCUGCGCAAGGAGACGCUCGCCGCUCAGGUCGCUGCCGAGGCCGAGAAGGCUGCCGUCGCAGCGCAGGCCAAAGCUCUCGCCCAUGCGGCGCAGACCAACGCCGAGGCGAAUGUUCAGGCUGCAAAGGAUGAGGCAGCUGCCUACGGCGCGGCCGAGGAGGCCGAGCACGCCAAGGACGACGUCGCGCUGCGCGCCGAAGAGGAGCAGAAGGCUGUCGCUGCCGCCGCGGCCGCUGCGGCGGUGAGCGAGAACGAUGCCAAGGCAGCAAAGAAGAAGGAGGAGGCCGCUGCAGAGGAGGAGAAGGCGGUGCAGGCCGCCAUCAAGCAGCACGAGGCCGCCCUUGCCGCCUUCGAGCUCGUCGCAGCCAAGCGCCUCGACGAGGCCAAGGCGCGCGCCGAGUGCGAGCGCCGCAAGGCCAUCGCCCAAGCGAGCGUCGCCCGUCGCAAGGCCAACGCCAAGACGGAGAGCGUCCGUGCCGCCGCCGACGCCAAGGCAGCCAAGGCGCGCAUGGAGGCGGAGCGCAAGGCGUGGAAGGCACGCACCGAGAUCGAGGCCAAGGCGCACAAGGCGCACCAGGCCGCCGAGAAGCUGGCGGCCAAGGAGCGUGCCGCCGCAGAGAAGGCGGCGGAGAAGGAGCGUCUGCGUGCCCACAAGGCGGCGGAGAAGGAGCGCCUGCGCGCCGUCGAGGAUGCCGAGGCCGAGCGUGUCGCUACGCACCUCGGCGAGGAGGAGGCCAGCCGCGUCGAGAACUCGGUGCAGGCCGGCGACGACAUCGUCGCGCUGCCCGUCAACGAGACGUGGGCCUCGUGGCUCUGGGCCGGCCUCUUCGGUGCGCCGACCGUCGAGUCGAGCACGCCCACUGCCACUGCCGCCGUCGAGGAGGCGCCGGCCGUCCCGGCCAAGGAUGCCGCCGCGCCCGUCGCGCUCACCGCAUAGGCAGGCCCUCACAUCUCUGAGCUCUCGCUGCUAGCUCUGGUCCGUUGUCUCUCUUGUCUCGACCCCGUUCACCCGCGCGGAUCUCCACUUCCAUACCCCGCCGACUCUCGUCUCCCACGGAUCCUCUAUACGACGUCUCCCACCCGCUGUCCAUCAUCACGCCGCCGCCGUCCGUACUGCCACGUCUGUCCAUCUCUCUGUGUAGCGCCUCUCGGCCUGUCUGAUUCCGCGUGACGUGUGGCUCCCCUCGACUUGGCGCAGCGGCCGUCUAGCGCGGGCACGUGCAGCGGUUCUCCUCGGGCACGGCGUUCAUGACCGAGUCGAUGUGCUUGCCGCAGCCACGCCACGUCGUCUUUCCGCACUUGGUGC